UAUAGUCCCUAACUCCGGUCAAAACCUGAACUGCGACUAUCUUCCCACUCUCUCACGGAAGGGCCUUCGACCGCCACUGCCCCGCCUCGAAGAAAGCGGAUGGCCCACGUGAUCAACCAGUACUGCGUGACUUUCUGCACGCUCCUUUCCUUCGAGAACUACUCAGUAUCAAGAGGAAAACUUAUUUUCCCAGCAAGCUGUGCGCAGCCGAGCAUGCGCUUAGUUGCCGAAAACUACAGCUCCCGGGGUCCUAGCUUAGACUACAAAUCCCAGAGGUUAUCAGGCGGCGCCUGCGCAGUGGUUGCUGGCGCUCGGGCCAUUUAAAUGUGUGUGAGGGAGACGGUGAAAUGGCUGCGCAGGUCGCUGCAGUGCGCGCCGUGCCUCGGGGCGCGGAAGAGGCGCCUCCGCUUCCACUUGGUGACCGGCCUGGCAGACCUAGGGGAGGGGGGAGGAAGCGGAAGGGCCCACCUGGGGAGCUCGGAGGGUGCAAGAGGAACAAGCUGAGCCAGCAGCCCCUCGUGGUAGGGCCCGCUCAGGCGGAGCAGCUGCCGCCGGCCCCUGUUCCUGGCCUCUCAGGCGUUCCUACCGUACCUUCUGCUACAGCCGGGGUCUUCACUUUCUCCCCCCUCAGCCUUCCUCCGCAGGCCCCGCGCUGCGAGCGGCGGCAUCACCACCGGCACCGCCCGGACAGUGCCGACUCCGAGCCCGGCCGCUCCUCUGGGGAGAAAGCGCACAAGGGUAGGCGGGGAAGUUCUGGAGACGGGGCUCACGGACGGCCCAGCAAGCGAGAAAGCAGAGAUGAAAAUGGCAAGACCCAGAGAACUGACAGUCUUAUUGUAAAGAAAAUAAAGAAAAAGAAGAAAAAGAAACACAGAGAAGACAUGAGGGGGAGGCAUCUGAAAAUGUAUAACAAAGAAGUGCAGACAGUGUGUGCUGGUCUUACUCGUAUCAACAAAGAGAUUUUGACUCCAGGGGAGAGCGAUAACUUGGAAGAGAACAAGGAAUCUUUUAGGUACCUAAAAGAUGAGCAGCUGUGUCAGUUGAAUUUGGGCAUGCAGGAAUAUAGGAUUCCCCAGGGGGUGCAGUCUCCAUUUACUACCCACCAGGAGCAUUCUGUUCGCAGCAGCUUCUUAAAAACAGGCACUAAAUUUAGUAACUUUAUUCAUGAGGAGCAUCAGUCAAACGGAGGAGCUCUGGUUCUUCAUGCCUAUAUGGACGAACUCUCAUUUUUGUCUCCAGUGGAGAUGGAGAGAUUUGCAGAAGAGUUUCUUGCUUUGACAUUCAGUGAAAAUGAGAAAAAUGCAGCAUACUAUGCUCUAGCUAUUGUUCAUGGGGCAGCUGCCUACUUGCCAGACUUCUUGGAUUACUUUGCUUUUAAUUUUCCUAACACCCCAGUGAAAAUGGAAAUCCUUGGCAAGAAAGAUAUUGAAACAACAACCAUUUCAAACUUUCACACUCAGGUCAGUCGAACAUACUGCUGUGGAACCUAUAGAGCAGGUCCGAUGAGGCAGAUCAGUCUUGUUGGAGCAGUAGAUGAAGAAGUUGGGGACUAUUUCCCAGAAUUUCUUGAUAUGUUGGAAGAAUCUCCAUUUCUUCGAAUGACUUUGCCUUGGGGUACUCUUUCUAGCCUUAGACUUCAAUGCAGGUCACAAAGUGAUGAUGGCCCCAUAAUGUGGGUAAGACCAGGAGAACAGAUGAUCCCAACAGCUGAUAUGCCAAAGUCACCAUUCAAACGGCGGAGAUCAAUGAAUGAAAUAAAAAAUCUCCAGUAUCUACCUCGGACCAGUGAACCCCGUGAAGUUCUCUUUGAAGACAGAACAAGAGCACAUGCAGAUCAUGUUGGGCAAGGGUUUGACUGGCAGAGUACAGCUGCUGUUGGAGUGCUGAAAGCUGUACAGUUUGGUGAAUGGAGUGACCAGCCUCGUAUAACCAAAGAUGUAGUUUGUUUUCAUGCUGAAGAUUUCACUGAUGUAGUUCAAAGACUUCAGUUGGAUCUGCAUGAACCUCCAGUGUCACAGUGUGUUCAAUGGGUUGAUGAAGCUAAGCUAAACCAAAUGAGACGAGAAGGGAUUCGCUAUGCUAGAAUUCAGCUAUGUGACAAUGACAUCUACUUCAUCCCUAGAAAUGUCAUUCAUCAGUUCAAGACAGUGUCAGCUGUCUGUAGUUUAGCUUGGCAUAUAAGACUCAAACAGUACCAUCCUGCAGGGGAAAAUUCUCAAAGUACAGAAAGCAUUUCAAAUACGGACACAAGCAUCUGUGACAAGACUAAAUCCGAAGGUGAAGAUCAAUGUAUGCUUAUGAAAAAGGAGUCUGAAGAAGUAGGAACAGAAGUACAGACUGCAACAGUGGCAUCACCAUCGUUAUUAUCAUCUCUGUCAUGACUUGUCCUGCAACAAGAUAAGAUGGUUCGGCCCCUUGCAGUUUUUAAACUAGAAUCAGAUCAGCAACACAAUCCACAGGAUGAUUGUAUGUGCUCUCUUGUGUGAUAUGUACAUAAUCAUAUACAUUUUUAAACAGCUUUUUAAAUUUUUGAUGUGAAGUUAUAGUUUUAUAACUGGUUAUGUUUUAUUGGAGAAAUCUUGCCUAUAAUUCUAUAAAGAAAGGUGACAUUCCAAAAUGUCAGGCAUAUCUUUUUUACACAGAUUAUGCAAAGUUAGAGUUGUAUUUUAUUCCCUUAGUACAGCAUGUAGUAGUGAACUAUGUUUUUUGUUGUACAACAUCUCCACAAUAUUUUUCCCCUUCAGGAGCAUCAAGUAUUUAACACUUGGUAAAAAUGAUACUCCUCCAUCUAUUUUAUCUUUCGCUUUCAGCAUAAAAGUGUUGGUUUCUGUGGAGAAGUCACAGAGUGACUCUCCCAUUUGAUUAAUGGCUUGAAUGAAAGAGAAAGCACAGCACUUUUAAUUAUCAAUGACAUUUUUGUGU